AUCCGAAGCACGAAAUUCAUAUGCCUUAGGGGGGACCCACAUUCCAGUCAAAUGAAAAAACGCCACGUCAUACUCAAGGAAAAACCUGAAUGCUGUCUGAGAUGACACAGCUAAAAUUCCAAGGCAAAAUGGCGCUAUAAAUACAUCUCUGAGGGUCCCAUCAAGCUUUCCAAUUCUCUCUUGUAAAACUCACGCCUUUUCCCAUCCACACGUCACUCGGACGCGAUCGCCGUCUUGUUUACGCCGGCACUCCAUCGAAGACGACGAUGGUCCCGGACAAGCUCGAAGACUGAGAGGGUGUCCGAUCGAGAUUUGGGGGGGAUUGAUUGGAGGGGUGGAUUGGAUUUGGUUUCUUGAUGGCAAUGGUUGAUUGCCGGAGCUUGAUCGAGUUCUGCCGGGCGUUCGAGCAGCAGCGGAACAUGGCGGCGAACUCUCAGGCGUCUUCCGGUCACAAUCGACACAAGAAGAGCAAGUCUUUGAAUCCUUUGUCUCACCCUUUCUGUGAGCUAUCGCCCUUCGCCGCCAUCGACAUCUUGAUCUUGUUUCUUGCCCUCGGAGCCCUCGGCAUCCUCACCGUCCCUUACUUUAAGCUCAUCUGCCAGGAAUCGUCAUAUCUCCUCGUAGCGGCUUUGGUUUUCAUUGGAGAACUCGUCUACAAUGCACCGAUUGCGUAUGUUGCUGGUCUGGUCAUCAUUAUCGCCGUGUUCACCGCUUGGGAGUGGGCCGGCUACCAAGCAAGGAAAUGCGGGAACCCUUACUGCAAAGGGUUGAAGAAAGCUAUCGAAUUUGAUAUCCAGCUCGAGUCUGAGGAAUGCGUGAAGUACUUGCCACCCUUGCCAGAGGACGUCUUUGGUGCCCGGCGAUUGGAGCUUGGGCAGGAUCACAAAGAGCUGGAAGCUGAGCUGAAGAAGAUGGCACCUCUGAACGGACGGACCGUCCUCAUCUUUCGGUCGCGCUGUGGGUGCCCAGCCGGCAGAAUGGAAGUUUGGGGGCCAAAGAAAGUGAGACGGAUAAAGAAGUAGAUUAACAUACCUUGAACUGCUCUUCAUAGAAACAGAACUGCAAACUGGGUUAUCUGUUGAUCGCCCUAUAGUUUCUCUUCUAUUUUAGCAAAUAAAUGGCAUAUACUAUGCCCUGAAGAUUGUAACAUCUUGUGGGAUCAUAAAAAUCAGCCUUUCGCCCCCAGUGGACUAUACAGUCUAUACCGACAUAAUAAUUAAUACAUAUAUUGGAACUCA